UCGACUCUCCAGUAUAUGCCUCACCUCCAGGAUCGCCCAAAGAUCCUCUUCUCGUCCAGCAUCGAAUAACAUAUCCAGCCCAGUCAUGAUCAAGUACGUGUGGCAUGUGGCAGCCCUGAUGAUCGUCUUCUGUUGGCUCUCGAGUGCCCGCAGUGCUAGCUACCAGCAUCAAAACCUAAAUAGUCUGGGUUCGGCACCCAAGCCUCAGGUCCAGACCAGUAACCCAGGUAUGGGUUCCACGGGCUUCUGGAAGGACAUGUCCCUGGUCUACCGCAUCUACCAGCAGUGCACGGGUGAAAAUAUGUCCGUUUGCCUCAAGGUCAAACUGCUAACCGGCUUGGAAAAGGCCUUCAGAUCGGCCAAGACCUUGUCCCUAAUGGAAGGCAUUCAGUUCGUUAGUUCUGGUGGUGAAAGUGAAGAACCCAAAAGGGCACCUAUCAAUGAACAGGACAUUGAAGCCGUCUUGCCAAGAAGCGUGGAUGCCAAGGAGCAGGUCCUGAACAGUAUGAUCAUGAAGCGGGUGGGCAACUUCCUACAGGAUCACACUCUGCAGGUGAAAUUUGACUCAGAGGCAAAUUCAGUGGAGGGUCGUAAGAAGAAGGAGAAGAAGGGCAGCGGCGCCAUGAUCAUGAUCCCCCUGCUGCUGGGUGGCACCAUUGUGCCCCUGGCCUACGGAGCACUGGCCAUGUUGGCGGGCAAGGCGCUGAUUGUGUCCAAACUGGCACUAGUCUUGGCCUCGAUCAUUGGCAUCAAGAAGCUGCUAAGCGGAGGAGGCGGCGGAAAGGAAUCCUCCCACGAGGUGGUCGUUUCCUCGGGUAGCCACUCCGGCUGGGGACGGGAACUAGACACCGCCUACAGUGGCUGGAAGCCGGCAGCUAAGGAAUCUGCGGGCAGCGCCAAGAGCCUGUGAGCUCGCAUUUGCAUUUGGAAAGAGAUGGAGAAGCUCGAGAUAGAAGAUCCGAGAGAUUUUGUGGAGAGUGAACCAAAGAAUCGAGCGCCGCACGAACUGUCUGACUAAUGUCUAGUUUAAUUUGCCUAAUCGAUCAUUAAUUUAACGAACUAAAUGUGUGUGUUAGGUUUAAGUAAGCGUUAAUUAAAUAUAGA